UGAGCUGCAAGGAUCUGUCACCAUGGUACAUCCAGAUCAUCCUAACAUUGAAUCCGGCAUGCUGAAGAAUCUGUCCACUCCUGGAAGUGCAUUUGCAAUUACUUUUUUAUUUCUUGUUUUUCAGUACACAUUCAAACUGGAUUUUCAAUGCCCAUGUGAUCCUUCAAACAACACCGUGUUUUGUGUAUUGUAUAUUGUUUUUCCGGUUAUCAUUAUUUUUUGCAUUCUAAUCUUAACUGCUAAAACAUCUACAGCUGUUUGUCUUGGGACUUGGAAAUACAAUUGCAAACAUAAUUUCUGUAAAUGGCAAGGUUCCUGCUGUGAUCCCCGCUCCCCAACCUGCUGCUACAUCUUCAAACAUAUUAUGAGAAACGUUGUUCUUUCUUGUCUAUGGAUUAUUACAGUUUUAAUUGAUGGGGACGUCUAUGUUUGCUUGGGUCUAACAGAAGUUAAUAUUACGUCCUGGCAUAAUCAGAUUCCUUGUAAAGAGAAGGAGAAACUCACCACUGAUGAGUAUAACAACUUAAAACAUCAUCAGACAGUAUCAGAGAUCAUAGGGUUGUCGUUCCUCUUCACUAUUCCACUAGUGUGGUGCAUAUUUUCUCUUGGUUUUCAGUAUCAUAAAAACCCCUAUAAGAAUCUCUAUGAAGAUCUAUAUGAAGACAAGGCAAUAACUCUUGCCGAGAUGAGUUUGCAAGAGAGGGCAAAAAAAUGUGCUGAAGAUAAUUAUUUCUGCAUUACAGAACUCAGUGAUUUGAAUAACUUAUCUACAUACUCAAAAGGUGUAAUAACACUGCUAGAUGAAGCAACAACCACUUCAGUACUUCCCUCAAUUAACUCAGCACUCACCUCAAUCACCUCAAAAAUCUCGUCCAUUACACUAGAAUUCUCCUUAAUUAAGUUAGGACAGUCCUUACCAACCUCAGAACCCUUCUCAACAAUCCCAAAUUUUGCCUCAAUCACUUCAAAACUCAUCUUAAUCACCUCAGAACUCACCCUUCUCAACACAGCUCUCUCCAACAAAACAUCUGCAGACUCCCCAACCCCAGCAGACUCCUCAAGAACCCCAGCAGUCCCCUCAUCAAGCCCAGGAGAGCACUCAACAAGCCGAGCAGACCCCUCAACAAGCCCAGCAGACCCCUCAUCAACCCCAGACCCUUCAAGAACCCCAGCAGACCCCUUCACAACCUCAGCGGCCUCCUCAACAUCAUCAGACUAUUUAACAUUCUCAACAAUCUCUGAAACAACUUCAGCACUCACCUCAAUCACCUGCAAACUUACCUCAAUCAUCUCAGGACUGGCAUCAAUCAUCUCAGCACCCUCCUUAAUCACCACACAACUCCCUUUCACAACCUCAGCAUUCAACUCUAUCACCUCAGAACUCUCCUCAAUUACCUCAGAUCUCACCUCAAUCACCUCAAAACUCUCCUCAAUCACAUCUCUACCCUCCUUAGACAUUUCCCUAACAAUCUCAGCACUUUCCUCAAUCACCAUAAAUCUGUCCUCAUUCACCUCAGACCUUUCUAAAUUCACAUUAGAACUUAAGAAUUUAAACUGUUCAGCACCUUCCUCAACGACCACAGCAUCCACCUCAAGAACCAAUUACUUUUCUCAGAAAACUCAAAUCCUUUUCUCAAGGAUUUCAACAUUCUUCUCAAAAAACCGAGAACCCUCAUCUGUGGUUUCUGAGUAGCUCCCGUUGUUGCAAAAUGUUAAUCGCAUAAUCUGAGAUAAUUUUGAGAUAAAAAGCAUCAACGUUUGAUUUCAACAAUUAAUUUCACUAUGAUUUCAAUCUUUGAUGGCCUCACUCAGUAAAUAUUGAAGAAAUUGAAGAAGGUUUUACUUUCACAGAAUUUUCUUUACAUUAUGUAGAAUGAUUUUAUGUAGAAAACAUUAAAUCAUAAAAAAGACUAGCUCGGUUUUCACAGGCAGGGUUACAUAUGAUUACAUCUGAUAACAGGUGUAUGUCAGGGCUAUCAAUAUUGUGUAAUUUUUGGCUUCCUGUUUUAUCUGUACCACUUAAAUCCCACUGUUAAAAAAAAAUGUAAUUUUACAGGUAAUGGUCUGUAUUAUUUUACAGAAUUUUUCCUUUUUUCCAUUAAAAAGUUAAUGCCUGUUAUUUUACAGAUUUUUGCUGUACUAAAAAAUACUACUUAUUAAAUUAUGGUUAAUUUCCUGUAAUUUUAAAUUAUAGAAAUAUUAUGUUUUUUUUAAAGCAAUUUAUAGUAUUUUUACAAUUCCCAAAAUGCAAUGAAGUAAAAAUUUACGGAUUUUCUCUGUAAAAAAAUAUGUAAAAUUGCAACUGCUUUGUAAUUAAAUGCAGUUGAAGGUCAUUAUAUAUUUAGGGUAUUUUAGAGGUCAACUGGUAAUUCUACAGACACAAAUGUAAUUUAUUUUGACAUUUAUUUUUGUUCUCACCUAAACAACAUACAACUUUGCAUUUUGACAACUUAAAUAUAGUAAACUGUAGUAAAACUGCUAGAUCCUAUUACGUUUUUGAAACUUUGCCUAACAUAUUAAAUAUUAAAAUAAAGUAUUUACGUGUGCAACGGUUAUCGAUUCACUAUAGCUAAUACAACAUACAGUAUUUUAACAAUUUGUAAUAAUUUCUGUAAUAUAUUACAGUACGGCAGUAUUUGUAAUUUAAACAACAAUAUUGUAAUUAAUCUGCAAUCAAAUUUAUAACUCUC